AUGGGUACUCAACCAACCAUCGUCCUGAUCACAGGUGCAAGCCGAGGCAUUGGUUACGAAGUUGCCAAGCUCCUCUUCUGGUCACAAAACAAUUAUUACAUUUUUCUCGGUUCUCGAGAUGCAGGAGGUGGUGCUAAAGCCGCCGCAGAAUUGGAUUCCACCGGCGCAUCAGUGGAACCAGUCACUAUUGAUGUAAGCGACGACGCUUCAAUCGAGCUAGCAGCAGAGCAUAUCGCCACAAAGCAUGGACACCUCGAUGUGCUCGUAAAUAAUGCGGGCAUCAACACAGAUCUCGACGUCCUCCUGCAGCAGCAAAAGAAGCAAGAACAGAGCGACCUCGGGGCAACACCAGACUUUGCGAAGCUGCGAGAAGAAAUAAAAUCAAAAGGGACUGAGAAAUUCAACCUUGCUCCGCUUCGGAAACUCUUCCGCGAUGCAUACGAAGUCAACGUCUUCGGCGCAGCAGCAACAACCGAGGCUUUCAGACCCCUUCUUGCGAAAGCCGUAGCCUCGCCACCUCGCAUUGUCUUCGUUUCUUCUCACACGGGGUCGAUGGGUCUGCGGAGUGAACAAUCAUCUGGGAUCUGGGAGAAGCUUCGCAGCCCUUCAUUCCCAACCUAA